AUGCAGAUUGCUUGGGCUGUGUGCUCUGUCUGUGUCUUAAUACAAAUUGCAUUUCGAUCUGUGGAAGGGUGGCAAAUGUUUAAAAACGAUGCCACAGAAAUCAUUCCUGAGAUCACUGAAAAUACAGAAACACCGAUGGAGCAGGCUUUCAGCAACAACAACACAAUGAACCAGGCAAAGCAUGGAGGAAGACACAUACAACAAGCUCCAGACCCUAACGAUGCUUCUGGCUUUAGCUGCAGAGAAAUGCGAACCACCCGCUAUGUCACAGAGGGGCCUUGCCGCAGCAUCAAGCCUGUCAAGGAACUGGUCUGCUCUGGUCAGUGUGUCCCCUCGCAUCUCCUUCCCAACUCUAUUGGUAGAGGGAAGUGGUGGCGUCAGAAUGCCCUGGAUUAUCGCUGCAUUCCUGCUCAUACUCGCACGCAGCGCAUCCAGAUGGCUUGUCCUGAGGAAGAGACUCGGACUUACAAAUUCCGAGCUGUCACAUCCUGCAAAUGCAAGCGCUACACCCGCUACCACAACCAGUCUGAGCUGAAGGACUUUGGAAAGGAAACUGUCAGGCCUCAGAAGAACAAGAAGCCCCGUCUCUCCAGAGCCAGGAGCAGCAAAUCUAACCAGCAUGAGUUAGAAAAUGCUUAUUAG